AUGAAUGCCCCAAUGACCACAGUUAUUAUUCCAUACUAUUAUCUAAACCCUGAUACUUUUGUCGUCAACGGUGUAUGUAACUAUGAACAAACAAACUGUCGAGUUAAGGUCGAAUACAAACUCCGUCUUCUCCGUCAAAUACAAACCCCGUCCUCUCCGUCAAAAACAAACCCCGUCCUCUCCGGCAAAUACAAACUCCGUCCUCUCCGUCAAAUACAAACUCCGUCUUCUCCGUCAAAUACAACCCCCGUCCUCUCCGUCAAAUACAACCCCCGUCCUCUCCGUCAAAAACAAACCCCGUCCUCUCCGUCAAAAACAACCCCCGUCCUCUCCGUCAAAUACAACCCCCCUUCUCUCCGUCAAAUACCAACCCCGUCCUCUCCGUCAAAUACAAACUCCGUCUUCUCCGUCAAAUACAAUCCCCGUCCUCUUCGUCAAAAACAAACCCCGUCCUCUCCGUCAAAUAUAAACCCCGUCCUCUCCGUCAAAUACAAACCCAGUCCUCUCCGUCAAAUACAAACCCCGUCCCCUCCGUCAAAUACAAACCCCAUUCUCUCCGUCAAAUACAAACCCCGUCCUCUCCGUCAAAAACAACCCCCGUCCUCUCCGUCAAAUACAAACCCCGUCCUCUCCGUCAAAUACAACCCCCGUCCUCUCCGUCAAAUACAAACCCCAUCCUCUCCGUCAAAAACAAACCCCGUCCUCUCCGUCAAAUAUAACCCCCGUCCUCUCCGUCAAACACAAACUCCGUCCUCUCCGUCAAAUACAAACCCCAUCCUCUCCGUCAAAAACAAACCCCGUCCUCUCCGGCAAAUACAAACUCCGUCCUCUCCGUCAAAUACAAACUCCGUCUUCUCCGUCAAAUACAAACCCCGUCCUCCCCGUCAAAAACAAACCCCGUCCUCUCCGUCAAAUAUAACCCCCGUCCUCUCCGUCAAACACAAACUCCGUCCUCUCCGUCAAAUACAAACCCCAUUCUCUCCGUCAAAUACAAACUCCGUCCUCUCCGUCAAAUACAAACUCCGUCUUCUCCGUCAAAUACAAUCCCCGUCCUCUUCGUCAAAAACAAACCCCGUCCUCUCCGUCAAAUAUAACCCCCGUCCUCUCCGUCAAACACAAACUCCGUCCUCUCCGUCAAAUACAAACCCCAUCCUCUCCGUCAAAUACCAACCCCGUCCUCUCCGUCAAAUACAAACCCAGUCCUCUCCGUCAAAUACAAACCCCGUUCUCUCCGUCAAAUACAAACUCCGUCCUCUCCGUCAAAUACAAACCCUGUCCUCUCCGUCAAAUACAAAGCCUUUCUGGAGGUAUGUCAAAAGUAAGAAGCAGGACAACAUCGGAGUCUCACCAUUACGAAGCAAAGGCCAGCUACUCAGUGAUGGGAAAUCAAAAGCGGAAACACUCAUCAACCAGUUUAGCUCUGUUUUCAUCCGUGAUGGAGACCCUGAUUUACCACCAGUACGCAUCCACAUUGACGAUAACAUCCAGGACUUGGAGAUCAGCGAGGCAGGAGUACUGAAGUUGCUACUCAAUAUACAAACAUCGAAAGCCCCUGGACCUGAUGGACUCCCGAACAUGGUAUUAAAGGAGUGCGCACCCCAACUUGCACAUGGAGUCUCUAUGAUAUCCCAGAGGUCGCUGGACUCGGGAAUGCUUCCUCAAGACUGGCUGAAUGCAAACGUCGCUCCUGUGUUCAAGAAGGGAGAUCGUCAUGCACCAGAGAACUACCGUCCUGUAUCGUUGACCUCUGUUCUCAGCAAAAUCCUCGAACACAUAGUCUGUCAUCAUUUGCUAAACCACUUUGACCAGCACGCAAUUCUGUCACCUCUCAAUCAUGGCUUCCGUGCUGGUUAUUUAUGUGAAACCCAGCUUGCUGUCACCAUACACGACCUUGUUUCCAACUUUGACCAAGGUUCACAGACUGACAUUGCCAUAUUGGACUUCUCUAAGGCAUUCGAUACGGUGCCCCAUAGGAGGUAG